CCUUAUGUUCAGAUGUGCCCGUGGUGCUGCUGGAGAGUUCACUCAUCGCUUGCAAGCUCCAGCCAAAACGGACCACGAACCUUUUCAUUUUUUUGAAUUUUAUUUAUUUCAUCCAAUCAUCGGAUAAACAUUCUUCCAAACAAGAUGUAACUCAUCGCCGAACGUUACAUUAUCACCCUUACUUCAAUAAGCCUUCAUGUUUUAAAGAGCCGGGAUGAACACCAGAUGGCUGUUUUACUGAUGGAAGUUAUUGUGGCGAAUGGUUUUAACUAUGGUAUGCCGAUGUGAUCUUUUAUUUUAUCCUUUACCCUUGGUUAUGGAUCCAUGAUUUUAGGAAUAUCGGCAAUUCCAAGGUUUUAGAAGGAAUCGGCGACGAUCGAAGGGGGAAUUUUGCACAGCAAAGCAAACUACAGGGGAUUUAAAUCGCUUUGCUCCGGGAGAAGAAGAGAAGCAGGAAGAAAAUUCAUGUUGCGAUUCUCUCCUUAACAUUAAAACAUUUGGGAUUGCAGAAUGAGCAAGGAAAGACCUAAGAGGAAUAUCAUUCAGAAGAAAUACGAUGAUAAUGAUGGGAUGCCCUGGUCGGAGGAGCGGGUGGUGCGGAAGGUGCUUUAUCUCUCGCUGAAGGAGUUUAAGAGCGCACAGAAGCGGCAGAUCUGUGACGGCCUCAGCAAUGGAAAAAGCCCCAACGCUUCCUUGUCAAAAGGGCAGCUGAAUGGAUGUGGGUCUAAAGGAGGACAUAAGGAGGACGGGUCACGCUCUCAGAGUACAGAUGGAGGCAGUGAGUAUUCUGAGGACUACCCGGCCAAAAAGAGGCCCAGACUGCAUGCGCAGAGGAAGUUCGCCCAGUCUCAACCCAACUCUCCCAGCACCACCCCAGUGAAGAUGGCCGACCCCUCUCUGCCCACGCCGCUCACGCACAUCACAUUCCUCUCCAGACGCAGGCCCAAGACGGAGGAUUUCCUCACCUUCAUAUGCCUUCGAGGCUCGUCGGCAUUACCUGGUAACGUGGCCUACUUUGGGAGUUCCCAGGAUGAGGAGGAUCUGGAUGACGAAGAUGAGAUUGAAGAGGAGAAACCGCCCAGUGUGGCAUCCACAUCAUGUCAGUCUACACCCAAGAAGGGCAAACCGACCGGCAAGAUCAAUGGAUUCGUGUUGAAUGGUCAUAAGGUACACAAGGAGAAAGAGUUUGCAACCAGAUCCAGAGGCAGAGAGUCAUCAGUGAGCAGAGAUCGUGGCGAGACGUGUGACGCAUCGGCUGUGAUCUCCCAUAAGCAAACAGAAGCCAUGACCAAGAGGCACAACACCAAUGGCCAGUACAGAAGAGAUGAACUACGCAAGCAGGUCCCAAAAGUAAACGGACUCACACGGGCAUCAUCAGUCGGUGCCAAAAAGUCGAAAGACUUCCGCCUGCCGUCCAAAACUGUGAACUACACAGCCACCGUGACCAAGGGCCACGUCACCUACACCAAAGCAAAACGAGAACUGGUGAAGAAAGCCAAACUCAACCACAGCAAGCACGCUGGGUCCGCUGGCCUCCGUGCUUACAGCAACAACCACCACCAUCAUUCUUAUCAUCCAACCAGCAAUGGCCACGGCCGGCCCCAGCUCUCUCACUCAGGAAAAGCCCAAAGUAUCAGUGCAAAAACCCGCAACCAGGUGCUAUUGUCGAACGGGGUGCAUAAGGUUACUAACGGGGGCCGGCUUAAUGGCAGAAUUAACGGACGCCACAGUGCCAGGGAAGAAGAGGACGAUGUCCGAAAGGUGCGACAGGGUCUGCGGAACUCCAAACGCAGGAGUGAGGCGGCCAUCGCGAUUGUCACGGAGUGUGAUGAGGCUAAAAUCAAACAGCCUCUUACUGACGCUAAGAAACCCAAAUUGCAGUCCAGUCCUUUGGAAACACGCAGCAAAAAAGCCCUUGGCCAGUUCAAAGCCUCGGGCAAUGUUACUAUUGCACACAGUAUCACUGAAAUGGCCGCUUCCCCCAUGCAGAAAACGGGUCCCGCACCUCCUCCCUCUUCCCCCGCUGCUCCGGCCUCCCCCGCCAUGCCCCAAAACCCUGCAACCCCUGAGCCGGCACGUCAACGGCCCAGACGUGCUUCUGCUGGCAAGCUGAUGUUCAUCAGGCAAGCACAGCAGAGGGCCCAUACUAACCCCACCCUCAACCGGACCACAUCCACUACCUCAGCCAGCAAGUCCUUCAAACCAGCAGAGCUCACAGCCACACCCCCGCCGCGGCUGGAAAGGGAGCGGGAACGGGAGAGGAGCAGGGCGGGGUGGGCGGCCCUGGGCGAUGUGCCCAUUUUGAAGCCCAACUCAAGGGAGUUUCAGGACCCUUUGGUGUACCUCGAUUCAGUUCGGGAACGGGCAGAGACGUGUGGAAUGUGCAGAGUGCUGCCGCCUUCUGACUGGAGGCCGGAGUGCAAACUGAAUGAUGAGAUGCGUUUUGUGACGCAGGUUCAGCGCAUCCACAAACUGGGUCGGCGCUGGGGUCCGAAUGUUCAGAAACUGGCCUGCAUAAAGAAGCACCUCAAAUCUCAGGGCAUCUCAAUGGAUGAGCUGCCACUUAUAGGUGGCUGUGAAGUAGACCUGGCUCGCUUUUCCGAGCUGGUCAGCGACAUGGGCGGAAUGCAGCAGGUUAUGGACUUGAAAAAGUGGAGCCGGCUGGCCGACCUGCUCCGCAUUCCCAAAUCAGCACAGGACCGUCUGGCCAAGCUCCAGGAAGCCUACCUGCAAUACCUGCUUUCCUACGACCUUCUCUCUCCCGAGGAGCACCGGCGACUAGAGCAGGAGGUGUUGGCAGAAAAAGAGGCUGUGGAACGCAAGUGGGGGCCCCUGGAGGGUCACACGGAUAGCUGCCAGCAGUCCCUCUCUUUGCCCCGCUACGAGCCCAAGAAAGGGCUCACCGGCCUCAACCACCGCAACGGCUUCCGGAACCACGGCAAAGAGCCAGACACCCAGCGGCAGGUUGGCCGCCGCAGACUGUUUGCUCAGGAAAAGAAAGGGACGGUGGUGGCGGACGGUGAAAAGGCAGAUGAGGCGGAAGAUGGUGUUCUCAGUGACCAGCACAAAUGUAUAUACAAGGGGAGAUCAGUAUCUUUGACCACCUUUUACAGAAUAGCAAGAAAUUCUAUGUUGAUGUGCUUCAACAAGGAGCCUGGGGCUGCUGAAGUUGAGCAAGAUUACUGGCGGACAGUGGAGCAGAGGGACUGCCAUGUAGCAGUGCAUUAUGGGAAAGUGGACACAAACACACAUGGAAGUGGAUUCCCUGUGGCCAAGACUGAACCCUUCUCCAAGCAUGGAUGGAACCUCACUGUCCUUCCCAAUAACUCUGGAUCCAUUCUGCGCCAUCUUGGUGCUGUGCCCGGGGUGACUAUUCCCUGGCUGAACAUUGGCAUGGUCUUUUCUACCUCAUGCUGGUCACAAGACCAAAACCGCCUUCCAUACAUGGAUUACUUACACACUGGUGCUGAUUGCAUUUGGUAUUCUAUUCCUGCUGAGGAAAAGACAAAGCUUGAUAAAGUGGUGCACACGCUGCUACAGGCCAAUGGUACACCAGGACUGGAAAUGCUGGAGAAGAAUAUUAUGAUUUCUCCAGAGGUGCUGUGUCGCGAGGGGAUAAAGGUCUACCGUACGGUCCAGCAGAGCGGGCAGUUUGUGGUGGUCUUCCCCGGAGCGUUCGUGUCCAGGGUGUGCUGUGGCUACAGUGUAUCUGAGACUGUGCACUUUGCCACCCCGCAUUGGAUGAACCUUGGCUACGAGGCUGCGAAGGACCUGAAAUGCAGGCGCAUAGCCAAACCCUUCUCCAUGGAGAAGCUCCUCUACCAGAUCGCCACCGCCGAGGCCAAACGAGAAAACAGACUUGUACUCAGUACAAUCUCUUCUCUUCUUAAAGAUCUCAGGAACAUAGAAAUGAAGCAAAGGCAGGAGCUGUAUGAAGCAGGGCUGCUCUCUUCUGCGCGAUACUGCACUCACGACAACAACCAAUCACCUGCAGACGCCCGGAAGAAACCGCGCAAGUGGCUGGCGCUGGAGUCAUCGGAGAGACGCUGCCAAACGUGCCAGCAUCUCUGUUACUUGUCUAUGGUGGUGCAGGAGAAUGAAAACGUUGUCUUCUGUCUGGAGUGUGCGUUGAACCAUGUGGAGAAAAACAAAAGCUGUCGGGGACUCAAGAUGAUGUACCGCUAUGAUGAGGAGCAGAUCAACAGUUUGGUGAGUCAGGUGUGCGGUAAAGCCCUGCUGAGAAACACAUCAGACGUCUGCAAAGGCUCCAGCCCCACCAAAUCCCCAGCCAAGCGCCGCCCUCGCAAGAGCUCCGCCGUAGAGGGGACGCUCACCCACCUGCCCAACCACCUGUCCAAAAGUGCCACUGCUGCAGUCUCAUGAGAUGGGGGGCGGGUUUGGGGGGGCCGUGUCCUCACCUACUCCAACCAAUCCAUUUCCCUCCAUGUCAUUUCUGUCUCGUAUCAACCCCGCCCUCAUAGCAGAGCAGAAUUCCCUGUGUUGAAAACAGGCUGCCUUUUUUGCACUAGUGCACUAGUUUUUCGUUUUAUUUGUUUGUUGUAUUCUCCGGAUGUUUGAUAGCAUUAAGAGAUACGGUCCCAGGUGUGCAUUUCACUGGCAUGUGCGAGUAUGACAUCAUCCUGGAUCAUCCUCCCGCGUCAUCUCCGGCCACUUUGACUGCACACGCGCUCGCCUGAACUGUGAAACCUGGGACAUAUGGGUGCUUCUCUCCUCGUUUUUACGGCCCCCUUCCUUUGAAUGUUGGCGGAGCUGCCGAGAUCUUGUUGUUUUAUGAUUUGAAUUCAUUCAGCCCCCAUGCAGCUCCUCUGCGGAAAAAAACGCAGCUCUAAAGAAGGUAAUCACUUGAAAUUUAGCUUGUUUUUAAGAGGAAGUAUUAUGUUUUAGUUCGGUUUUCAUUUCAUGCUUUCCUCUGGGGAUUUGGGGAACACUGGUUUCCAUGGCAGCGGGUCCGGGAUGUACUUGAGGAAGCGGGCGGGUUACAGAAUGAAAGGGUGUGGGUCCCGUCCCCGUAGUAAGAGGGAUUCUUACUCCCACGUUGAUGCUUACGAGUGAUAACUGUGCCUGAUGUUUAGCGGGGAGAUCUUUCUUUUAUUUUUGGUGCUGUUUUUUUUUUAUGUAUAUCAGUACAAAAUGGUAAUAAAAACAGAAGCGCUAUGUGCUGUAGCCUUCUAAUCCCACACGGCGGAAAAGCCCGGAGGUUUUCCGCUUCUAGAUGUGCAAUCGUGUCAACAUUCCACUUCCAGACUUAUUGAUUCAUCUGUACCAGUUAACAUUAAUUAUUAUAUUAUAUUAUUGUAAUUAUUCUAUUUUGUGUUUUGACUUUUUUUUCUCUUAAUCCGAUACGAUAUCAAGUUAGAGCCACUAUUCAGAGGGUGUAAAAUGUGAAAUACAAGUCCGAGUUUUGUUCUUUUUGGUUUUCCCUUUUGCAGAAGUAUCAUGAGUUGAUUUAAAGAAAGAAAAUCUCCUUUUGUGUACAUAAUCCUGUAAAUGUCUUUAAUACUUGAGCCUUUGUUGGAGUAACGGAAGAAGCAGAUUGAUGGAUGGAGUGAUGGCAGAUGAAGAAAAGCCUUACAUUUUCAGUUUCUUCAGCUGUGGGAGGCACGUACAGGGUUGCUCUGGUAAUGUGUAUAAAUUUGAAGUGCUGCUUACAUCACUGAGGACUACGAUACGGAGUCGCGAAUUCCCCCUAGUUAUUUUUUAGGUUUACUUUUUUAAAGAAAAGGGAAAAUGCUUUCACAAAAAAAAGGUUUUUACAUUUUCAUUACUGAAAAUUCAACAUUGUAGUAGCUACUCAUGUUGCACUGAGCUUGCCAGUGGGGACUGUCAAGGAAAAACUAUAAUCCAGUUUGUUGGUUGAUGUUCUUAACAGAAGACUGAACUGUUUUAGGAGUAUUUAAUGAAAACCGAGUCGGGUGUUUUCAACAACAACGGUGGUUGUCAAGUUUUUAUGGCCUUACGAUGUAUUUUAUUCAGAAUAUUUUGGUGUUUCUGUUUUUUGGUUCCUUUUUUCUACAAUAUGAGAGAGAUAUGCUCACUGUCAGGCGAAGUUAAUUUAUUAGCACUGCGUCUCAGCUUUUCCUCCCAUGAGGAAAGAGUUCAUGUUGGUUAUAAUGCCAGUUUAAUUUUAUUUUUUACUUUUUCAAUUUGUACUUAAGGUUUAAUAAAAACUCAUGGACAGUU